GCUGCCGCUCGAGCACCAUUUCAACCGCUAAACUUCCUCUCACCAGGCUACAAGACCACGGGGCGAAACUCAAACCCAAACCCAAAGGUCUAACGGGUGUUCAUAAUUGGGGCUCUGACGAAUUAUUAGCUUUGAGAGUGGUUGUUGUGUGAGCCGAUGAAGUAGACCAGUCAAGAACGAAGAAUCAAAGGCCGCAUCACACUUUCCUCCUCAAGGACUCUCUAAACCACAUUCUUCUUACUACAACAAGCAGGACAACAGAGGAUGAUGUCUUUAACGAGGUUGAAUUUCCUCCAUCUUCAUCUCCAUCUCCAUCUCCAUCUCCAUCUCCAUCUCCACCUCUCAUUGUAAAAGCUGUGGUUACCUAGAAAGGAACCAUUCAUUCCCUUACAAAGAGAAACAGAGAAAUUGAAGAAAAUGAAUAAUGUGAUUUCAGCACAAUCUUCUACACAAAUGAUACAGACUCUACACUUACAGCAUGCCUUCUCCAAAACUAGUAAACCAACAUUUGUUCCCAUAACCCGAUUCAAUAAACCUUUCCUUUACAAUAAUGAUAAUAAUUUCAAAGAGAAUAAGAGUUGUAAUCUUCAAAGCUGCUGCCUUGGGGUCUCCGUCGUUGAUUCUGUUUCGGGGGAAUCAUUGUCCACCCACCAGGUGCUCGAUGAAAUGCCUCUUUCAGAUACAUUUCCUUGGAAUAGUCUUAUCCAGACCCAUCUCACCAAUGGUGAUUUUUACCAAGCGGUGUUGAUGUAUGGGCAAAUGUUAGCCCGAGGUGUUCGCCCCGACAGGCACACUCUCCCUCGCGUUUUAACCGCUUCUCGCCUUUUGAAAUCAUUAUUCGUUGGGAAACAGAUACAUGGGCAGGCUCUCAAACUUGGUCUCUUUUCUGAUCGCUACGUAGUCACUGCACUGAUGGAAUUGUAUGGUCGUCUUAGCAGUGCUGAUGCUGCCAAAUGGGUGUUUGACAAAUCCCCUCAGAGUCCAAGGAAUUCUGUGGUUGCUUGGACUAUGUUGAUUGGGUUGUAUGUUAUAGAAGAUAAACCCCGAUUGGCCGUUGACCUGUUCAAUCAGGUGGUGGACUCUGGGGCUGCUGACAUUGAUUCGGUGGUAUUAGCCACUGCUAUUGGUGCUUGUGGGCUACUUAAAUCACUGCAAGAAGGGAGAAAUGCUCAUCGGAUUGCUAGGGAACAUGGGUUGGAGUUUGAUGUUUUGGUGGGCAAUUCCCUUAUGAAAAUGUACAUUGAUUGUGGCAGUCUCAGAGAUGCUCGAGCAGUCUUUGAUAGAAUGCUGGUAAAGGAUGCCAUUUCAUGGACUGAAAUGUUUCGUGGGUACGUGAAGAAAGGAGGGUUCAAUGAGGGUCUGAAAUUAUUUCGGCAGAUGAGCGUGGAGCAGGGAAUAAGACCAGAUUCUCUUGCAAUAUCCAGCAUUCUCCCAGCUUGUGCAAGAGUAGCAGCCCAUAAACAUGGCAAAGAAAUUCAUGGGUACUUGGUAAGAAACGGGAUUGACUUGAACCUUACGGUACGGAAUGCUGUAAUGGACAUGUAUGUAAAAUCAGGAUCAAUUGAAUAUGCUUCCAGGAUAUUUUUAGGGAUGAAGGACAAGGAUGUUAUUUCAUGGACUGUGAUGAUAUUGGGCAAUAGUUUACAUGGAUAUGGAGAGCUUGCAGUGACUAUGUUCCGCGAAAUGGAGAAAAACUCCAAUGUAGAAAUAGAUCCCAAAAUGUAUGUUGCAGUCCUCUACGCUGCUUGUACUGCCCGCUUGGUUGAAGAUGGUAGGUUCUACUUCAGCUGCAUUAGGGCACCUAAGGUUGCACACUGUGCUUUAAUAGUAGGUCUUCUUGCUCGUUCUGGGCUUUUCGAUGAGGCUAGGACCUUUAUUGAGGAAAGAAAGCUUGCACGGCAUGCAGAGGUGCUGAGAGCUUUGCUAGAUGGUUGCAGGAUCCACCAAAAUGCUAAUGUAGGAAAGCGAGUCGUCGAGCAGCUAUGUGAUUUGGAGCCUCUAAAUGCGGAGAACUAUGUGUUACUAUCAAACUGGUACGCACACAACGCAAAAUGGGACAUGGUCGAUAAAUUGAGAGAAACUAUCAGAGACAUGGGUUUGAAGCCUAAGAAAGCUUAUAGCUGGAUAGAGUUCCAGAACAAAAUUCAUGUGUUUGGUACAGGGGACGUAUCCCAUCCAAGAUCAAAGAAGAUAUAUUGGGAACUAGAGAGUUUGAUGAAGAAAUUGGAUCAAGAAGGGUUUAGGCCUAAAUCAGAUUUCUGUCUCCAUGAUGUAGAUGAAGAGCGAGAGUGCAUUCCAAUUGGUCACAGUGAAAUGUUGGCCAUUUCGUUCGGGCUCAUUAGUACACAAGCAGGGGCGACGAUUUGUGUGACCAAAAACCUACGUAUGUGUCGCGAUUGUCAUGAUUCCAUAAGGGUGUAGUCUGGGUUUUAGAACCAGAAAAGGUUCCAAAGUUGGGGCUCGUAGACAAAGCACCAAGAGAUAAAAAGCAGAAGAAAGAAAACUUUGAGGUUUCCCCUGUCCAAAAAUACGCAAAAGUCAAGGGUCAGUCACUCAUUCUAACAAAUUCCGAUGGUUCUCACAUAGAAAUUCAGCUCAAGGGUUGCACAAUAGCAGCUGUUUCUGCUACAACCUUAUCUUCAAGAAAAUGGUGAGGUCCUGAGCAAGCAGUCUGAAACCACCAACACAGUAAUAUUAUUUUGGUUUCUGUAUGAAGUUUCUUUGGGAUCAUGUGAUGCAACUUUAACCAUAAGUUCAAAUCUACUGGAAUGGAACCUAGGUGUGAUGCCUAGACCUUUCAGUCUUUAAACCUCAAAAUCAGAUUUGUUUUGCCACCCCUCUUGUACCAAAAAACCAUAAUAUACAAUCUUUGAGUCCCUUUCCCUUCAAUCCUUCUAACACUCUUGACUAACCAAAAAUAACCUAAAAUGGCAAAAGCACUAUUGUCAGGUACUAUUUCAGCGCGUCAAAUAGUCCAAAAUCCUCCCAUUGUCUUUAUCAAAGUAAGCUCAAACCCCUUAUUCCCUGAAUACACCAUUAUCCAUAAAACCCCCAUUUUUUACCAAUCUUUCUGCUCCAUAACCCAGCUUCAAUUAGCCAUAAAUAGAGCUUUUUGCAGCUUCGGUACAUUAAUUUUGGGCUCAUGCAGUUGUCCUACUCCACCCUAGGUGUGAUUGCCUGAGUUUUUGCCCUUCUUUAUCCUAUUCCACUUCAUUCUCUUAUUUUCUGU